GGAGGAGCCCUGGGAGCGCGCUCCGCCGAGCGCGCAGCCCGGUGUCUCGGUAACGGCCAUGGCGGCGGCCUUGCCGCGGGACCCCGGGGACUGGCAGGAUUUCUCCGGCUUCCAGCCCCCCGCAGGGAGCAGCCCCGAGCCGGCCCGGGACGGGGACACUUGGGGGCCUGGAAACCUGAGGGAAAAGCUGCUCCUCUGCUUCAAGCCGCCCCCGCCUCGGGACGGCGGCAGCGAGAGCCGGGUCCCGCCGCGGCCCCUCAGCGAGCAGAGCGCCCUAGAAGAAGACGAGAUUUGGAAUGCUUUGACUGAUAAUUACGGUAAUGUAAUGCCAGUUGACUGGAAGUCCUCCCACACCAGAGCUUUGCAUAUGCCAACACUGAAUCUCUCAGAAAAAGGGUUAAAUGAAAAUUUGAACCUUGACCUAUCAGAUGAUGAAGAGCUUCGAGAACAGCUGGAUAUGCAUUCUAUCAUAGUUUCCUGCAUCAGUGAUGAACCACUGUUCACAGCAGAGCAGGUGAUUGAAGAAAUAGAGGAAAUGAUGCAGGAAUCACCUGACCCAGAAGACGAAGAAACACCCACGCAGUCAGACCGGCUCUCCAUACUUUCCCAGGAAAUUCAAACACUCAAGAGAUCCAGUACAAACAACAGUUAUGAAGAGAGAGUACAAAAACUGUCUGUUGCUGAACUAAAUGAGCUACUAGAAGAAAUUGAGACUGCCAUUAAGGAUUAUUCUGAGGAGCUGGUACAGCAGUUGGCUCUAAGGGAUGAGCUGGAGUUUGAAAAGGAAGUGAAAAAUAGCUUCAUUUCUGUCCUCAUCGAAGUACAAAACAAACAGAGAGAACACAAAGAAACAGUGAAGAAGAAGAAAAAGCUGAAAAAUGGUAGUCCUCAGAAUGGCAAACAAGAAAGAGGUCAUAUGCCUGGAACACGCUUCAGCAUGGAAGGGAUCUCAAAUGUCAUUCAGAAUGGCUUCCGCCACACGUUUGGAAACUCGGGUGGAGAGAAACAGUACUUAACAACAGUCAUUCCUUAUGAGAAGAAAAGUGGACCCCCCUGUGUUGAAGAUCUACAAACAUUAACCAAAAUUCUUUAUGCUAUGAAAGAGGACAGCGAGAAAGUGCCAAGCUUAUUAACAGACUACAUUUUAAAGGUUCUCUGUCCGACAUGAAAAGUGCUGCUUUACUUCAGAAGUACCCAGGCUCCUUCCUGUGACAAGAAGCUUUCCAGAGAUAGUUCAUUGUAUUUUCUUUACAUUUGGCACUGUAUCUAAACCUGUAUGUAUUUACUUUCCAUGUCUGUUUGAAUUUUUGAAUCAUACAGUAGGCCUUUUGGGCAUGAGGAUAGAACUUACACGCUUUUCAUUUGAUGGUGCAGUGUGCUUGAGCAUAGAACAAACAUUGUACAGUUUUACUCACAAGCUUUGGUUUGGCUUUUUAAAAUCUGUUUUACAUUGUGUAACAUAGUAAUCCCUCCCACAUAUUUCAUUGUUGGGGAAAGAAAACUAAAUUUUAAAUACUGUAAAUAAAAUAAGCCUAUAAUUUUAACUAAUCUGCAGUGUAAAAAAAAAAACACCUCUGUUCUUAUAUCAGACUUGCAAAAGGGAUCAUAGCCAAGCCUGCACUGAAGAAUUCCACUGAAGUUCUUCAGUGGACACUCCAAAACAGUGAUAGUGGAAACUGGCACUGAACACUUUUUUUACAAAAGCAGUAACUCAGAUUAAAACUAUAAUACUGUAUUGUUCAGACAUUGAACAAAUGUUCUGAUGCUCUUCAGGAGGAAGAAUCAGUGUCUCUGCUCCCUUUACUUGCUACCUGAUUUACAUAAACUUCAAAAUAUUAGAUGAUAAUUCUUCAUCACUCUCAUUUUCUGUUGGUUCAGUUUUUAAUAAUUAACGUCUGUUGAGACCUGGUAUGUUCCCUCAUUAUUGCUAUCAUUUUAGUACUCAUGGUAAAUAUUUGGAUAAUAUUUUAUAGGCUGCAGUAUUAAACAAAUAUUUUAAGAUGCUCAGUGUCCUUUAAUUAUGUGUAGUGUUUGAGAAAUGGUCAUUCUCAUUUCCAAGACUGUUAUGUUGAAACUUUCAUUACCAUGUACUUAUAAAACAUCCUACAGAUCUGGCUCUUGUAACUCCCUGUCUGUAAUGAUGUUAGACCUGUACCUGGAUGUCAUUGAUGGGAACAUAUUUUAUAAAUCAUAUUAAAUAUCUUUGCUAGUCUUAGAGCAAGUCCAGUGGUGUGAAAAGAGAAGUAAAUGCCAAUAGAAAGAAACAAACUGUUUUUAGGUUUGAUUCCAUAUUUAUUAUAUAUUUAUACUAUAGAAGCCCCCAGAGCCAGCCAUUGUACAAAUACAUAGGCAGAUACAAUUCAGAAGAGCUUAUAAUCAAAAUUUUUUCUCAAGAAUUUGCUUCUGUUCCUUUAUCUUAAAAUCUUAGUGAUGAAGAAUCUGUUCUAGAAUAAUUUUCACAAUGUAAUACUUUUAAGAAUCUGCUUAUUAGUAGCAGAUACUAUAUGAGUUCUUCCACUUGAUUAACAGAGCACAUUAAUUAAGAACAUGGCACUCAGUAAUGCAGUUUUCCUUCUAGAUUCAGUUACAGUGUUAUAACUGAACUUCAGUAUUAUGUGUCCGUUGUGCCUGUCUUUUUGCAGAAUAUUCAGAACUCAGAAUCUAUAGCCAUUACACUGCUUGGUCAGCAGUAGACAACCUUCUUGAGCAGGAUAAUGGCUAAGUAUUAUUUCACCUGUCAAUGAGAUGCUCCUUCUGAUCUGCUUAAAUGGUUGCGUUUCUGUGAAGAGAGUCUUGCCUGUAUUAUUCUUUUUCUUUAAUAGUUCUUCUAUAAAGAAAAAUAUUGUUUCCUCUGCUGAUAUGUUGUGAAUUCAACAUGGCAUUCCUUGUGGUUUUUUUGCUGAAUGUGUUGUUUUUCUGUAGAAUGUUUCAUUUCAACCUAUUGUCUUCUAGUUUUCAACUAAGAAAUAAUCCUAUUCCAUUAUUUCAUUAUAGAAACUGAGAAACAACAGAUCAGUGACUUCAAACCUGGUGAGAACCAUUAUUUAUCUCCAAGCCAGGUCUAUUCAAAGGUACUUCCUGGUGCUGUCUAGUCCUAAAAUGAAUGUCUGACAAUAAGGUUCAAUCCUGCAAGAUAUUAAGCAUUCUGGCCUUGAUCCAGCAAAGAACUUAAGAUACUGAUUUCUGUGGGACUACUUAUGUUAAAGUUACUUAAAGUUACACAGGCUUAAAUGGAUCAGGGCCAGAGUGUUCAGCAUCUUGCAGGAUAGAACCCAUUAGUGCUUGGCAUUCCUCUGUGCAUUCAGUGAGACCAACUCCAGGACAAUGCUGCUUUUUUCAAGGAAGAAGUUCUCAAAAACAGUAGAAUUGAAUAGUGGUCCUACUAGGAGUUGUAAUUUUUGGUAGAGCUGAAUUUUCACAUACAGUUCAGACUCAAGUUCCACAUUGCCUCGUCAGUCUCAAAGGUAUGAAAUCCAAUGCAUUGGAGUCAAGGUGCCAGGUAGAUCUUUCAGUAUGCUCCCUGCACGUUAUUCAUCAACAUUCAGUUGCAGGCAAAAUUUCCCUCAAAGCAAAUAUGUAGAUUUGUAUGUAAUAUGGGGAUGUUCAAAUCUAUGUACAUUUAUUAUUAUUUCCAUACUUUUUAAAUAGUUUUAGUUCUGGGGGAGGCAUAUGGAAUUUUCCACUAUACCCAUCACUUUUCCAUUUGUGAUACCAAGUGAUUGCAGAGUAUCCUAUUUCUAACAUUUCUUUGGGACACUUAGCUAAAUUACACUGUAGGCUUUUUUAACUAAUAUUUUGAUAUUUUUGUAUUGUUUUCUUUAUUUAUUGUAGCAACUGAAACUUUAAUGAAGUUGUUUGUCUGAGAA